GGGCAUCCAUAUUUUUGGCGUCUUGCAUUUUAAUCGCAGGAACACACGACCCAUAAAUAAAUCGAGAACAGGGAUCAGCUCUUAAGCUAUGGCCUGUGCACUUUAUUACCAGGGACGGUUACUCCGUCCGGGCGCAUGCGCGUAAACUGGUUGCAGAAAGCUUCACGCGACACAUUGAAUUCAAUCCAAAUCUCAUCCCAUCGCACCCUACUGUACUCCAGCAUUCAAUCUUGCAUUGAUGCGUCGGUCUGUCCCCGCCAGAGACGUUCAAUAGCGAUAAUUCAAAUGGCAAAUAUAUGGUCCUCUUAGCAUUGACGCGAACGACGGACCCGUAGUGCCACGAGCCGUACCCAAGCUCAUCCACCUCAUUUUGAGACAGCUGGAAACCCGCCGACGAGUGUCGUUGGCCUAAUCGAUCGCAGCCAAGCUCUCAAUUCUCUCCUCAAACUCCAAAAACCUUUCUUUUUCACGAACUCACGCAAUCCAUCACAAAAUGUCAACAGCAGCCCCUCAAACAAACGGCGUGCCACCGGCAUCCGGCAGCCAACAGACUCAAACCACAAACGCAUUCAGCUCCCAGCAGUCAUCAUCACAACAACCGCCGGCAGCCGGCCAACCACCACAACCCGCUGGCGCGACCGGCGCAUCCCAAUCACAGCAGCCGCAGGCCGACAGCACGCCUGCCCCGCGGCCGCGCGACGCCCGCACCAUCGAGCUUCUGCUGACGGCGCAGGGCGUGACGGCGUUUGAGCCGCGGGUGCCCCUUCUCCUCCUCGACUUCGCCUACCGGCACACGGCGGCGGUGCUGUCAGACGCGCUUCACCUGGCCGGCGACCCCUACACGACGCACGCGGGCGCCAAGCCGUCGGCCGCGCAAAACGCCACUGCCAGCGCCCCGAGCGGCGGCGACGCCAGCGUCUCAGCCUCGGCCAUCCAGGUUGCCAUCGCGAGCAGGCUCGCCUUCCAGUUCCGCGGGGGCGGCAGCACCUCCAAGGAGUUUCUUCUCGAGACGGCCCGCGAGCGCAACAAGGCCGCCCUGCCGCGCAUACUGCCGCACGAGUGGGGCGUCAGGCUGCCCAGUGAGCGGUUCGUGCUGAGCGGCAACGCUUGGGGUUUGACGGAUACAUGGGGGCCGGGCGAGGCUGGGAUUGAUGACGAUGACGAUGACGAUUCCGAGGAUGCGGAUGCGGAGAUGAGAGAUGCGAUGGAGGGCGUGGAGACCCAAGGGGGCGAUCAGGUCGAUGAGGAGGUUGGCGGUGAGCCGGUUGAGGGAGGCACUGUCGACGACGUGUUUGGGGAUGAUGUGGACGAGGAGAUGGCUGAGGAGUGAGAAGGUCCUGCUGUGACAUCGGUUGUGGGAGUAAAAGCAACCAGUUACCAUUUACAAAGGGUCUUCAUCUUGAAAUGACAGUGGGUCCUAUAGUACGACAUGGAGCUUCUUGGGUGUCGGCAAGAAGCAUAGCAUAACCUUUAACCUGGGAUUUCGUUUGCUCAUAUUAGCGGGAAGAUUUCAAAGGCAUGAUUUGGGGACAAGGAGCAGAGACAGCUUCUGAACGGGAGCUGCUCCGGGAUUGAAUCCGCCAAGAUGGCGGAAAACAAAGCUCAUUGAUGAAGCAGCCAUCAAUAGUUAUUCACACGUCGAAAUGGCACAAUCAGUCUAGUCUAAUUUUUAGUCACAAACUUGCUGCAUUGAAUACUCGAUUAUUGCUACGUUGGCAUAAGAACACUUGUGGUACAUGUCUAUCGGCUGCGAUCUUGCGCAAACAAAAACCUAC